CGUCCCGCCGCCCGCAUGGCGGCCAUCAAAGCCCUGCAGGAGUGGUGCCGGCAGCAGUGCGAGGGCUACCGGGACGUGAGCAUCACCAACAUGACCACGUCGUUCCGCGACGGCCUGGCCUUCUGCGCCAUCCUGCACCGCCACCGGCCCGACCUCAUAAAUUUCAGUGCCCUCCGGAAGGAAAACAUUUAUGACAACAACAAGUUGGCCUUCAGCGUGGCUGAGGAGCAGCUGGGCAUCCCGGCCUUGCUGGACGCUGAGGACAUGGUGGCUUUGAAGGUGCCGGACAGGCUCAGCAUCCUGACCUACGUGUCUCAGUACUACAACUACUUCCACGGUCGCUCCCCCAUUGGGGGCAUGGCUGGUGUGAAGAGACCUCCGUCAGACUCCACCGAGGAACCUCGUGGCAAGAAAGCCCCAUCUCAGCCCCCCACGCUGCCCUCGCCCGCCCCGGCUCAGCGGCCACCGCUAUCUCCUGCCAGGACAAACUCCGUGGUCCAGAGGAAAGACGGGGGCUCAGAGGACCCCGCCCUGAAGGCUGGUCUGGCAGGGCCGGGCAGCUCGGUCAGCAGCUCGUGUGGCAUCUGUGGCAAACACGUGCACCUCGUCCAGCGACACCUUGCCGAUGGGCGGCUUUACCACCGGGGCUGCUUCAGGUGUAAGCAAUGCUCCAACACGUUGCACUCAGGGGCCUACCGGGCUACAGCGGAGCCCGGGGUUUUCGUCUGCACCAACCACCACCCAGGAGCCUCCUCUUCCACCCCAAAAUUGCCAGGAUUGACUUCCAGACCACCAGGGGCCCUCCCUGCCACGUCCCGCUCCCCCAGCACCCCGCAGAAGGCCCGGGACCUGAACGGACUGAGGGCCCCAGCACCCAGCACAGGCCCAGCGGUUCACAAGCCCGUAGCCAACAGCACAGAGGCUAAAAGUUUCACCCGGGGUACACCUAACCCUCCAGCCAGCCCCUCCUCCCAUGCCUCCACGGGGAGCCCCGGGGGGCCCAGGCUGUCCCCCAGCCCUGCGGUCCCCUGUGUGGGUGCCACAGGCCACUCACGGGUGACCAACAGCUCCCCGAUGGGGUGGUCGUCUCCUGCUCAGGGCACGGCAGCUGUUACCGCCCGUCCUGCUGUGUCCCCAAGUGCCCCGCACAGUCGGCCAGCCACACCCCAAGGCCAGGCAGCUCCCCGAGGCAUGCCCAGUUCAAGCGCACCAUCUCCAGGCACGGCGCUGUGGACGCCCUCAGCCUCCAGGACUCAGCAGGCCCGAGAGAAGUUUCUCCAGACGCCAUCCCCGCCCAGCAGUGGCCCCACCGGCAGGAGCCCCACGCCUGCCACGGACAGCAGCAGGGCGCAUGCUCUGAGUGUUCUCCGCAAGGCGCUGCCUGGGUUGGGGGAUGCAGGCACCCAAGUGCCCAGCAGGCCCUGCUCAGCCAGUUCCUCUACCUCAAAUUCCCAUCUCAAAACCGAAGAGCCUCAAGCAGUUUCCUCAGCCAAGCAGUCACAUUCUGGGACUCCCCAGGCCCCCAGCCCCAAGCUAAGGACAGAGCCGCUUCGGCCCCCCUUGAGUGUGGGCAGCCCUGCCCAGGCUCCCACAUCACCCCAGGCCAAGGGGAGGAGGCCAGCUGUGCCUUCAGUGGCCAGCGGUGUCAGUGCAGGUUCCAGGCUGAAGCCAGAGGCCCCCAGGGUGAAGGGCCCAGAUGCUGCUCCCCAGGAAAGCAAGGAAGGGCCGGAAGGCUGGAGAGCUCUCCUGAAGCCGGUGGACCGGAAGAACCCUGCCGGAAGGACUCUGGAGCUGCGGGAGCCGAGAGAGCCACAGAUCUUGGCAGCGCCCAGGGCAGGGGAUACCCCCAGGAAAGCGUCGGGAAGCUCUGACCGGGGAGUCCAAAUCACGCUGACCCCUGUGUGGCCUGCGAAGACGCAGGGCCCAGCUAGACCUGGGCCCAGCCUUGCAGCCGCCUCCCCGUCCCCAGCCCACCGCAGGAGACUGGCCAUCCCUGCCACCCUCGAUGUUUCUGCAGACUGGCUUCAGCCAGAACCUUCAAGGCAGGAAGAGCAUGCGCAGAGCUCAAAGGAGAAGCAGCAUUCUCAGAGCGUGCCCCAGAGAGGCGCGUCUGCUUGGGGGAGGCCCUCGGGCCUGGUUAGCACCCCUGCUCCGCCUGCUGAGACAGUGACUUCCCCCAUCAGGCUGCAUCCCGACUACAUCCCCCAGGAGGAGAUCCAGAGGCAGAUGCAGGACAUUGAGAGACAGCUGGAUGCACUGGAGCUCAGGGGCGUGGAGCUGGAGAAGCGUCUGAGGGCGGCAGAAGGGGAUGCAGCGGAGGACAGUCUCAUGGUGGACUGGUUCCGGCUCAUCCAUGAGAAGCAGCUGCUUCUGAGGCUGGAGUCUGAGCUGAUGUACAAGUCCAAGGACCAGAGCCUGGAGGAACGGCAGCUGGACCUGGAGGGCGAGCUGCGCCGGCUGAUGGCCAAGCCUGAGGGUCUCAAGUCACCCCAGGACCGGCAGCGGGAGCAGGAGCUGCUGAGCCAGUACGUGAGCACUGUGAAUGACCGCAGCGACAUUGUGGACUUCCUGGACGAGGACAGACUCAGGGAGCAAGAAGAGGACCUGGUGCUACAGAACAUGAUUGAGAACCUAGACCUCCAGCGGAAGAAAUCCAAGUUCCGCUUGUCCAAAAUCUGGUCUUCCAAGAACAAAGGCACGUGUGCCUAGUGAGCUACUGGCUUGGGGGUGGGGGCAGGAAGGAGGGCAGGACCCUCACUGGCCCCCUACCCUGGCCAUGGCCCUCAGGGGCAUGACAGAGCUGGUGUGUGGCCCUGGAGCGGCCUUGCCUUCCUCUCCAGGCUCCUCAUGGCCUUAAUAAAGACGCUGACCAUGGCCUCC